AUGAUCUUAUCUAAUAACCUACUUCUUGAAGAGUGCAGGCGAGUUUGGGAGCAGGCCAGAGUACAUGCAGAUGAGAUUCACCAAACUCUUGCCUCCUACUCUCCUGGGGUAGAGGCGGUCUCAGAGCAAGAGCCACACUGGGAUUAUAAUACUCCAGGUGGGAUUUUAGCUGGGGACCAGUUUUUGACUUGCCUUCUGGCAGGUCUCCAUAAGGCUGCCCUCAAGCCAGUAAACUAUACUAAGCUCUCAGAGAUCAUUCAAGAUAUGAAGGAAAAUCCUUCUGCAUUUUUGGAACACCUCACAAAAGCUCUGUUACAGUAUACUAACUUAGAUCCAGAAACCAUGGAAGGCAGACAGUUACUCAUGAUUCAUGUUUUUAAUCAGUGCUACUCUGACAUUAGGGUUAAACUUGGAUAUUUGGAGAUAGACCUCUUGACCCCGCAGGCAGAAGUCUUAGAGUUGGCUUUUAAGGUGUACCAUGUGAGAAAUGACAAAGCCCACAAUCACUGUCAUGUGUUAACCACGGCCUUCCGACCAGCUGAGGUGACAGACCGCCUGAUCCGUGCUGUCUGUGCUGCUCCCUUGUCCCCCAGAGCUCAAGAACCACCAGACCUGUGUUUCAAAUGGUUGGAGCAUUGCAGUCUUGAGGAACAUGAGAACAUGGAUAAAGCUGAGGAGGAAAAGACAAUUGUUGUCAAGUCUAUGGGAGGUGUUGAUCACACCUUAAGGGAUGAAUUCAGAUGGAGUGCACUGCAGUACGCCGUUGUGGGGAAACGCAAAGUGGGCUCCGGGAAGCCGCUGUUGCCUUGCACCGGAGUAGCGCGUGCAGGGCAUGGUCCCCACUUAAAGGCGCAGGCCGCAGCGGUGCGGGCGGGCGCGCGGAACAAAGAGCCGGCGCCGGGCCUGCGGGCGGCUCGGGAGCCGCGAUGGGCGCGGCGGGCCCGCGGCUUGGCCGCGCACCGCUGGCGUGCCUGGCUCAGCAUGCUGCUCGGGCUCGUGCUGGGCUUCGUGCUCGGCUUCGUGCUGGGCUUCGUGCUCGGCUUCGUGCUGGGCUCGCGGGUCGUCCUGCCCCGCGCCUCGGAGCAGCUGAAGCGUGUGGGCCCGCGGAGGCGUCCCAGUCCCGAGGGAUGCCGGCCAGGGCAGUUGGCGCCGCAGCUAGGAGGUGCGCGAGGCUGUGCGCGCGGGGCGCAGCUCUGGCCGCAUAGCUCGGCCGCGGAGGGCGUCCCGCGUGACAGGAACUUUCUCUUCGAGAGGAGAUACCUGCAGACCCGCGCCGUGGCCGCCUACAGAACAUGGUCCAAGACAAUUCCUGGGAAAGUUGAGUUCUUCUCUAGCGAGGGCUCAGAUACAACUAUACCUAUUCCAAUAGUGCCCCUGCGGGGUGUGGAUGACUCCUAUCAGCCCCAGAAGUCUUUCAUGAUGCUCAAGUUCAUGCAUGGCCACUACUUGGACAAAUACGAAUGGUUUAUGAGAGCAGAUGAUGACGUUUACAUCAAAGGAGAUCGUCUGGAGAGUUUUCUGAGGAGUCUGAAUAGCAGCGAGCCCCUCUUUCUCGGGCAGACGGGACUGGGCACCGCAGAAGAGAUGGGGAAGCUGGCCCUUGAGCCUGGAGAGAACUGCAUGGGAGGGCCUGGUGUGAUUCUGAGCAGGGAGGUGCUUCGGAGAAUGGCACCACACAUUGGCAAGUGUCUCCGGGAAAUGUACACCACCCAUGAGGAUGUAGAGGUGGGAAGAUAUGUUCGGAGGUUUGCAGGUGGGCAGUGUGUUUGGUCAUAUGAGAUACAGCAGCUGUUUUAUGAGAAUUAUGAACAGAACAAGGAAGGGUACAUUAGAGAUCUCCAUAGCAGUAAAAUCCACCGAGCAAUCACUUUACACCCCAACAAAAACUCACCUUACCAAUGCAGGCUACACAGUUACAUGCUCAGCCGCAAGAUUGCGGAGCUGCGCCAUUGCACAAUCCAGUUGCACUGGGAAAUCGUCCUGAUGAGCAAGUACAGCGGCACAGAGGUCCACAAGGAAGACCUCCAGCUGGGGAUCCCUCCUGCCUUUAUGCGCUUUCAAGCCCACCAGCGAGAGGAGAUCCUGGAGUGGGAGUUUCUGACUGGAAAAUACUUAUAUUCAGCCACUGAUGGCCAGCCUCCCCUGAAAGGGAUGGACUCGGCACAGAAGGAGGCCUUGGAUGACAUCGUCAUGCAGGUAAUGGAGAUGAUUAACGCCAACGCCAAGACCCGAGGGCACAUCAUCGACUUCAAGGAGAUCCAGUAUGGCUACAGGCACAUGAACCCCAUGUACGGGGCCGAGUACAUCCUGGACCUGCUGCUCCUGUAUAAGAAGCACAAAGGGAAGAAGAUGACAGCCCCUGUGAGGAGGCAUGCGUACCUGCAGAAGACCUUUAGUAAGAUCCGUGUGGAGCACCAGGAGUUGGAUGCUCAGGAGCUGGCCAACAGAAUCAACCAGGACUCCGGGUCCCUGUCCUUCCUGUCCAAUUCCCUGAAGAAGCUCGUUCCCUUCCAGCUACCUGGGUCCAAGAUUGAGCACAAAGAGCCCAAAGAAAAGAAGAUAAACAUUCUGAUCCCUUUGUCUGGACGCUUUGACAUGUUUGCAAGGUUCAUGGGAAACUUUGAGAAGACAUGUCUUAUUCCAAAUCAUAACGUCAAGCUCGUCAUUCUGCUCUUCAAUUCUGACUCCAACCCUGACAAGGCCAAACAGGUUGAACUGAUGAGAGAUUACCGAGUCAAGUACCCUAAAGCUGACAUGCAGGUUUUACCUGUGUCCGGAGGGUUUUCAAGAGCGCUGGCCCUAGAAGUAGGAUCUUCCCAGUUUAGUAAUGACUCUUUGCUCUUCUUCUGUGAUGUUGACCUGGUAUUUACUGUGGAGUUCCUACAACGGUGUCGGGCAAACACAGUGCUGGGUCAGCAGAUCUAUUUCCCAAUCAUUUUUAGCCAGUACGAUCCAAAGAUUGUUUAUAGUGGGAAGGUUCCCAGUGACAACCAUUUUGCCUUUACUCAAAAAACCGGCUUCUGGAGAAACUAUGGGUUUGGCAUUACUUGUAUUUAUAAGGGAGAUCUUGCAAGAGUGGGAGGCUUUGACGUCUCCAUCCAAGGCUGGGGUCUAGAGGAUGUGGACCUCUUUAACAAGGUUGUCCAGGCCGGGUUGAGGAUAUUCCGGAGCCAGGAGGUUGGAGUCGUCCACAUCCACCACCCUGUCUUCUGUGACCCCAAUCUGGAUCCCAAACAGUAUAAAAUGUGCUUGGGGUCGAAAGCAUUGACGUAUGGGUCCACACAGCAGCUGGCUGAGAGGUGGUUGGAAAAGAAUGACCCCAGUUACAGCAAAAGCGGCAGUAAUGGCUCUGCCAGGACAGCUUGA